AUGGCCAAGGGCCUGCGGCCACGCGUCGAACAGGAAGCCAACCUGAAGAAGCUGGAGGAGGAAAUCAAGGACCUGGAGCGCGAGAGCGAGACAUACGGUGUGACGUGGCGCGAGCGGAAGGAGCAGUUCAGCAAGAUCAUGGACGAGGGCAUGUUGCUGCGCCGGCAGAUUCGUGACGAGAAGGAGGAAGUCGAGAGACGCGAGGGCAUGAACGAGGACGAGGAGGACGGCGAGGCUUCCAGAGGAGGACAGACACCGCGACACGUCUCUAGUGGAAACGUCACGCCGCACCCCGACAGUGGCGCCAUAUCAAGAGCGACACCGGGUCAAGACGGCCAGUCGGAGGAUCAGUCAGAGGGUUUGAAGCCGCGACCUGGUGGUUUGGGAAGCUUCUCGCGGUCUGGAAGCGCCGUACCAAGCCAAGGCGGCACGCCUCGUCCCCAGCCUGACGAUGACGAGAUCGAGGAGGGAGAGGAUGUUGAGAUGGACGACCGGCAAGACACCCAAGUUACUUCUGGAGGCGACACACCCCAGAUUACAGUGGAUGCACCGGACAGCAUGGAAGUUGACAAUUAG